AUGCGAGUGUUGGGAAUAGAGUCUACGUGCGAUGAAACGGGUCUCGCACUCGUCGAAGACGGUGUUUGUGUCCUCGAAGAAGUUCUUCGUUCUCAGGUGGAAGAUCACGCGCCGUGGCACGGCGUAGUACCGGAGCUUGCGGCCCGAAGCCAUUUUGAACAUAUUCAGACUUUAUAUAUGAGCAUGAUAUCCGGUACGUCGAACGCUUACGACGCUAUCGCCGUAAGCGUUCGACCCGGGUUACUCGGUUCUCUUUUGGUGGGACGGACAUUUGCCGAGACGCUGGGAGUGAUUACGGGGCGUCCGGUAUGCGGGGUGGACCACCUGGAAGCACAUUUGUACAGUGUGCAGAUGGAACAUACCGUGCCAUAUCCAUACCUUGGCUUACUCGUGUCGGGAGGGCAUACGCUGAUCGCGCGCUGUCUGAGCCCAACGUCGUACGAGUAUUUGGGCACGACUUUAGAUGAUUCGGUCGGCGAAGCUUUUGACAAAGUAGCGAAGAUGCUGGGCAUGCCAUAUCCAGGUGGACCGCAUAUCGAAAACCAGGCCCGUGAUGGAGACCGUACCCGGUUUGCGUUCCCAAGAACAGCGCUAUCCGCAAAGGAUCCACAGCGAGCGACGUGCUUUAGCUUUAGCGGGCUGAAAACGGCCGUGUAUUACCUAUUGAAGUCGCAUGCCGAUGCGGACCCGGGUUUCAUACGCGAUGUAUGCGCGUCUUUCCAAGAAGCCGCGCUGGAGAGCCUCAUGACCCCGCUUGCGCAUUGCGUAAGCCAAACCGGAAUUAGGCGAGUCGUUAUAUGCGGGGGGGUGGCCGCAAAUUCUCGAUUACGAGAAAUUCUAUCGCAGUUGGAUGUGGAUUGCUACGCGCCUUCUCCGUCCCGAUGCUCCGACCAAGGCAUCAUGAUCGCCGGACAGGGGUAUCACGUCUUACAAAGAAUGCUGGAAAACCGCGAGAAAGACAUCACGGUUUCUCCUACGUCGCGAAUAGAACUUGCCAAGCCCUAG